GAUUGGAAAACAACGGGCUGUGGGAGGACGCAUCAGGGAGGCUGUGGGCUAAAGGGUGAGGGAAGGGAUACACACCAAAAGCUCGGACCACGCUGCCAUCUUUACCUCCCUCUUCUUCUUCUUUUUUUCGUUCCUCUUCUUCAUAUCUGGGAUGAAUGCCGCUCCUGCUCCUCGGUGGGUUUUACAGCUGAGGGAAAAGACUCUCCUCGUCUGAGCAGAUCCUGAACAAGCCGAGCCUGGAAAACAACCACACAGUCUACUGCAGGACUCAGAGAUCUACAGACAGGGGUCACCAUGGAAGCCCCUCUUGUGUGUUUGGAUGAGGAGUUUGAGGACCUGCGGCCCUGUCACAUGGACGAGUUUAACGACUCCUCUUACUCCACCAACACCUCCACCACCGUCCCCCUGGCCACUAUCACCCGCGAGGACUUCUCUGAGCUGGAGAACUUCUCUGAGAUGAUGAGCUUCAAGUCCAUGGAGGACCUGGUCAAUGAGUUCGACGAGAAGCUCAACGUCUGCUUCCACAACUACAACACCAAGACGGAGGUCCUGGCACCGAUACGCACCCAGACACACAGCCAGGAGGACGAGGAGAGGUUGCAGGAUGAAGACGUGUGGGAUGCUCUGACCGACAACUACAUCUCCACCUGGGACAACCCCGACCAAGAGGGACUCAACGGCAACCUGUCCGAGCAGGAGGUACGUGUUGCUGCUCAGCUUCAUAUCCACGAAAAAGAGGAGGAGGAGAUGAAUGAGAAGAAUGACAACGCCAACUGCUUGAGUGAAGAGCCUCUUAUCACAGCUGACCAGGUCAUUGAGGAGAUAGUCGAGAUGAUGGAGAACUCUCCAGAUCCUGGUGAAACAGAGGAGGAGGAGGAUGAGGAGGAGAACAGCCACUGCUCAUCCACAAACAACCCCUCCUUGCUUGAGGAGAUCCGGCAGCUGUCACUGGCCUCCAACAACAACUGCUCCUAUGAAGGUCUGUGUCUGAUGCCCAGCUCAGCGCUGGAAGAGCUGCUUCAUCGGGUGGAGGCCACCAUCCGUGAGUUCUCAGAGGAGCUUGUCAGUCAGCUGGCCCGGCGUGAAGAACUGGAGUUUGAGAAGGAGGUAAAGAACACGUUCAUCACGGCCCUGAUGGAGGUGCAGAACAGGCAGAGGGAGCAGAGAGAUAGCAGCAAACGCCGGCGUCGAGACAAAGCCCUGAGUCUGCAGGGAGGAGGGACGCCACCUGUGAACGGAGGAAACACAGGAAACACAGAGAAGACAGGAAGCAUGCCUGUCAAGCGCUUCAGCAUGGAGGGACUGUCCAACAUCCUGCAGACGGGCAUCAGACAGACAUUUGGAAGCACAGGGAAUGACAAACAGUAUCUGAACACAGUUAUUCCUUUUGAGAAGAAAGCCACCCCUCCAUCUGUCGACGACCUGCAGAUGCUCACAAAAAUUCUUUUUGCCAUGAAGGAGGACAGUGAGAAGGUGCCUACACUGCUAACUGACUACAUAUUAAAAGUCUUGUGUCCCACCUAAAGCUCCACCAGGCCGGGGGGCCACAGUGUGACGGAGAACCCUCCCUCCCUCCCUCCAUCCAUCCCCCCCCCCCCCCCCGCCUCAGGCCCGAGCUGCAUGACCUCCCUUCUUUUACCAUUAUCGACCAUGGAUCCUCACCAUCGACAUUAUUGUAUUCACCUCAACUAUGACUACUGCCUUCCGCUGAGCUCACCUGUUUCCCCCUCCCCUGCACAUUACGCUCAGGCCACAUGCAAAAUGGCCGCUGCUCGAUAGAUAAAAAUAAGCGGGACGGCCAAUCCUGCUCUAAAGGACUUCACUAAUGGAGCAUGACAUGCUACUAAUGAUCCUAACACUACUCCAGCACAGGGAUACGACUUUCUCAUUGCUUUCUUUUUCUUCAUUUCUUUACUUUCUCUUUGUUUUUCUCUGACUGAACUUACAAUGUUGCCAAGUUUGAACACAUAUUCUUUUGGACUGACGUCUUGACCACUGGGUUCUGUUCAUUUGUUCAUUUGUUAUUCUUCAAAGACUACACUGUUAAAGAAAUGAAAUGCCAUACUGGAUCCACAAGUGAUCCUUUCCCUGUAUUGUGUCCGAUUCAUUUGAAUACAAAAGCCAUGCACCUUUUUCUGCCAACUUAGUACUGUAGCUCCAUGGGAACGAGAGGAGACACACGAGUAUUACGGGUGCAGUGCAGUGCAUUACACAGCUUUUUUCUUUCUCUUUCUUUUUUUGUGUCUCUCUAAAAAUCCAGUGCUCUUUUUGACUUUUUUGAAAUUUCUUUUUCAUUUGUUACCUGGAUAUUUGAUAUAAACUGUGUUGCUGAUUUUCUACUUUUGAUUUACUGUGUCAUCAGAGUGCAGGUUUGUGUGCAGUCACCCUGUUCAGCCACGUGGAGGUGUUUCACUGAGUGUUCCUUCGGAUAUAUCGUCCCCCCUGAUGAGAUGAGCUCAUUUCAAAAAAAGGCGUGCAUAUUAGCAUAUUUAUGAUUCCUUUGCGCCAUGUAGGUGAAUGUGACAUCGCUAAUCGCAAAUUCUAAUAAACAUUCAAUAAACAUUCAAUCCUGAA